AGCUUCCUCAUGCUGAUCUCUUGUGUUCACUUCAUCUCUCUCACAUGCCUCUCUUCUGUUCUGCGCUCUCGUGAUCGGAUCCUCUCCGGUUCUACACAUGGAGGGUCGGAACCGUUAGGAACUCGUACGACUCGUCGUGGUCUACCGGUGGAAGAUGGUAUUUUAUGAACAUCACAUUUUCAUGAUUCUCCUCCUGAUAACCUGCACCUACUCCUUUGGUAUGGCCGAUGGAUCUGACCCCAGACCUGUCAGCGGCCCUCCAGCCCCUCCCCCUCCGGUGCCUUCUCUCACGCAGCUGCUGUCCGUCGGGGACAGGCUUGUGUUCCUGUGCGAGGCUCCAGACGGACACCAUGGGCUGUUCUUUGAGCUCUUUGGAAACAAAACUCUGGUGGACACAGUUCAGCACCAAACUGAGGAAUGCGGUGCCAUUUUUACCGUGAAUCGCAAAGAUGUGACCCAAGAAAAGCCUUUCUGCUGCCUUUACAUGGAUGCUCGGCGCAUGCCCAGUGCUUUCAGCACUUACGUGUACGCUAAACUGGAUGAGGAGGCCAGUCCUCUCCCCCCUCCUGUGCUGGAGUCCUCCAGCAGUGAGGUCCAGCGUGGUCAGAUGCUGUCCUUCAACUGCUCCGCACCUCUGUGCCUCCGCCCGAAGCUCUUCCAGCUGCUCAGACGGAGCGCCGGGAGCGCCGGGAGCGCCGGGAGUCCCCUCGACCUGCUGGGCCCCGGCGCCGUGGUGUCCAGCUCUCCCGACCCCAUCUUCCGCGUGGGCCCGCUGGACGGGGGACUCUACUCCUGCCUCUAUCAGAUGAGCCUCCCAACAGACCUGAGGAUCAUAUCCAGCGCCAGUCAAGCUGUACAAGUCACUGUUUUACAUGAGCCAAACACAGCAGACGAGCCCACAGAUUGGCCCUUCAUCGUGGGGGCCCUAACGGCAGCGGUGCUCUUCCUGGCGGUAGUGGUGGGACUGAGCCUCGCUGUACACAAGAAAGUGCGCGAGGUGGCCCAGGAGAAGAAGAGAAGGGAGGAUGCUAAGUUUUGGAGUACAGUGCAUGCAAGAGACCAUGUAGUAGAUCUCCCUAUUACGCGCCUGAGCAGCUUCUUCAAGGAUCCUGGACCAGACAGUGGAGAAUAUGCGGAUCCAAGGACCCUCUCUACAUUUGCUAAUCUCUCCUACAGUUGAACUUCUAUCCAUCCCAUUGAGAUCCUUUCCUUUGCCUCUAUAUUGGUGUCUAUUGUGUUGUCUGACCUGAUCUACUAUCAGAAGUACUAUUUUGUUUAUAGAUGUUAAUAUUGGUGCCAUGAAAAUGUUAAUUUAAAUAAUACAUUCUCCUCAACUAAUGCACUUAUAUAAAUCUUUGGCAUACAUAACACAUAUUUCUGCUUUAGUAGUACACUAUGUGUGUCCUACCAUGACCAAAAAGGAAAGUUCUUGGUUGGGAAUUGUUGUUUAUUUUAGUGGCAAUUACAAAUCAAGGUGGCACACCACAUUCGCUCUAAAAACAGCCCCUGACAAUAAAACACCACCUUGAAGUGUCAAUAGGGGGCAGUGUCCAACAGAGACUCUGCUGGGAGCUGGGAGUUGGGAGCUGGGUCAGGCUGAAUACGCUUCAUGUGGUGGGUGGGGAGAAAGUGUUGGACAGCUGGUUUCUUAUGACAGUAAAGUGUUAGAAUGUGUCAACUGUAAACAGAGAACCUUAUUUACUGAAGGAUGUACAAAGAAUGGAAACCUGUUUUUGACCUUUUUUUUUCAUUGAAGUAUGUUGCACAAUGUGGGAGCAAACUAUGUUCAAAAGCCAUUAGCUAGCAUUCAGAGUUUGAUAAUUAACAUUUCACCCUGUCACACCUUACCUCCACCAUCAGAACUCAGUGUAGUUUGAUUGCCAAUUGGACCAUGUUUGUAUGCCACAAAAUAAAUCAUUGCUGUUUUGUA